GGGCCAGUAUUUGGACUACGAGAAGGAGGAGGUGGAAGCGCAGCCCAGGCAGUGGAAGAAGUACGACUUCCACUAUGACAACGUGCUCUGGGCUCUGCUGACGCUGUUCACGGUGUCCACAGGAGAAGGCUGGCCCAUGGUGCUGAAACACUCCGUGGACGCCACCUACGAGGAGCAGGGCCCAAGCCCCGGGUACCGCAUGGAGCUGUCCAUCUUCUACGUGGUCUACUUCGUGGUCUUCCCCUUCUUCUUUGUCAACAUCUUCGUGGCCUUGAUCAUCAUCACCUUCCAGGAGCAGGGGGACAAGGUCAUGUCCGAGUGCAGCCUGGAGAAGAACGAGAGAGCGUGCAUUGACUUCGCCAUCAGCGCCAAGCCCCUGACGCGGUACAUGCCCCAGAACAAGCAGUCGUUCCAGUACAAGACGUGGACGUUCGUGGUCUCCCCGCCCUUCGAGUACUUCAUCAUGGCCAUGAUCGCCCUCAACACGGCGGUGCUGAUGAUGAAGUUCUAUGAUGCACCCUAUGAGUACGAGCUGAUGCUGAAGUGUCUGAACAUCGUGUUCACGUCCAUGUUUUCCAUGGAGUGCGUGCUGAAGAUCAUCGCCUUUGGGGUGCUGAACUAUUUCAGAGACGCCUGGAAUGUCUUUGACUUUGUCACUGUGUUGGGAAGUAUUACUGAUAUUUUAGUAACAGAGAUUGCGGUAAGUGACAUGUCCUGUCCCCCCUCCGGGGCCCGCCGUGGCUUCCUUCCAGAGGGCCCCCUCCCUCGGUGCAUCUCCAGGCUCCGAUUGCGGUCGCCUCUUCCUGGGUGCAUGGAGGCUCCUCUCCAGGGGCGGAGUUCAGGGACGGGGUGUCGUCUCGGCAGAUGUUCUUUCUUGAGGGAGAGGGUGGUUCUCAGAGGGUCUCUGGGCCAGUGGCCUGAGAGUCGCCUCGAGGCCCCUGGUGACCCCUGACCCAGAAGACAUGAAUCUUUAUUUGUGUCUGACAUGUGUGUACCAAACAGCCUGGUAACAAAAACAUAGCAACUAAAACCAGUAGGCGUUCAUGUUCUCAAUAUUGGAUUUUUUGUAUAUUAUAUACAUAUGUCUGCAUCCGUCUACCUAUAUCUCUCUGGAGAUACUCAUUCUUAUCAAAUAUAUGCGGAUUUUGUUUGAAAAUUGAGCAGUACUGGGACAUAAACUCGUCUCAACAAAUAUCAGAAAGUCUGAAUCAUAAAGCAACAUUUGUUGUUGUUGUUGUUUUUAGUACAGCGCAUUAAAUUGGAAGUGAAUGGCA